AGUUAGUUGAGUGUCAGGUGUCGGUGUGAUGUCUCGAUAGUGAAGUAAUUGUCGUGUACCGUAAGCGACUAUGGCAAGUGCCGUAGAUGUUGGCUUGGAUGAAGGGAAAGUCGUGGACGAAUAUUUUUCUUUCAUCUAUGAUGAGCCAACGGAUGAUACCUUCAGCAUUGCCAGCGACAGAGAGGUUGACGAUAACUUACUAGACAGCGACGGAGUCAUCUUUCAGUCGACGGAUGACCCCGUUAAUCAAAGUGAUGUUGUUGACGGAGGUCUUCUUAGAAGUGUGAAAAGUGAUAAAGUGUUUGAUAAUGUGGACGUAAGAAGUUCUGCUAAACCUGAUGAUGGGAAAGCUAAGUCGGACAUCGUGGGCAAUGCCCCGGAAGGUAACAGUAGUGUCAAAGGUGGGUUGGCGUGGACGGUUUUAAACGAUAACAGCCGAAAUGAAACCGCUAGCGAAUAUAAAAAGAGCAAAGAACGGGCCCGAACGGAUCGAUGUCACGAACAAGACUCAAUCAGUGAUGGAGAUAACAGUGGUGCGAUCACGCCAGUUUUUUCCCCAACAGUGUCGAUCAACGUGAUGCCCCCAGAGCCAACUCAUAAAUCUAAUCUAGGCGCAGCUCAUCAAUCGCAAAGUUCCUCCAGCACUUAUAUCAGCAACAACGGCGAUGGCAGCUGUAGCAGCAGGAGCAGCGAUGGCAGGGAAAAAUCUCUCAUUAACCUGUUGCCACACCUUCCCGAGGCAACCAGUGCUCAACCGGAAGUCGCGAAAGAUUCGGAUUGCUCAUCCAACGGCAGCCAAGAGGACUUCCACCACUACAAGCCUCCUAGCGCCGGUUCGCGUUUCAUCUACGUCAACGGGGAGUGGGACGCGAAAUCAACGUCUGUCUACCUGAACGGCGAAGGGGAGGAGGGCAGUCACGCCGCACCAGACGCCCCCCGAGAUGCCCCGAACAAUGCUGCCGUAACCAUCAAGGUGUCCCAGGAAUCCAGUCCCGUGUCACAUCCGCUCCCCGGCGAAAGUGACAACGCGGAUAUGGAUUCGAACUUUGACAGGUUUCUCGAGGAGUUGCGAGCUGCUGGAAUUGCUACUCUGGAGGGCGAGACAAACUCGAGGAAGCCAAACUCUCCUAUUAAUUUAGCCACUAACGCAAGUGAUAUCGGUGAUUUGGGUUUGCCAGCUUCUAUAGGAAAAGGGGAGAAGCUUGUGACUGAUUUCGCAGGUGGGGGUAGCGACAACAAGGUGUUGGACGUUGGGUCAAUCGAGUGUGAAAUUUUAGACGAGCUCUUCAGGGGGAUGAGAACUAAGGAGGAAGAGAAAGAGGGCCAAUUCGAGGACAUUUCGUUCGAAAUUGACAAAGAGAUGAGUGAUCUAACCGACGCGCUGAGCAGAUGUCAAUCUUUGAAAGGUACGGAAAGGGGUGUUAUGGGUGAUUUGCCGUUUGAAUCUCAGGUGAAAGACGAGCCAGCCAUGGGCAGUGACCUGGGGUCAUUUGGAGGGCAAGGCAUUCCCGCAGAAGAAUGCAAGGAGUCCUUGGUGGAGUCGUGGCAGUACGUGGACUACGUCAGUGACGCCCGGCUGGAAAACGAGCAAAAUUUGCAGAGGGAAACUGGAAGUUCGAUUAAACCUGUUGCACAGGAAGGAGCUGUUGGAAUUAAAGAGGAGGCCAUUGCCGUUCCCAGCGAUUUAGUGUAUGGGAAAUCGCCAACGGACCGUGAAGUGCGAUCGGGGGACACUUGCCCGCCGGAAGGGAAAUUGGAAGGCGCACCUGAUGGCAUACGAUGCAGUCAACCGUGCCAGGAUCCUCCCUGGGUCUCCGUCGACGACGAUUCGCAGAGGAAUUCGUCCCCGGAACAGGACCUCGUAGCUGUUCCUUUCCAUCAGCUAGAGGCCGCGGCAACGUCACCGUUACAGUUCCUCGACUCUGGGAAUAGAGAGUCGGCCCUCUGCCUCAUCCCACCUUCGCCUUCGACCCCAGGCCAGAGUUUUCCUCCUGAAUCCCCGGAGUCAGUCGCACCAUCGUCUUUGCCCUCCCUGUAUUUGCCCACGGCGGUCGUGGACCCGAAUUUUUCAUCUCUCGACUCUUCCCUUUCCCCCUCAUUAUCCCGUAGGGACCCAGAAUCCCAGCUGCAUCCAUAUCGCUCGUCGCAAUCGUCACUCAGCUCCCCAUCUCCUCUGGGCUUCGUCACAAAUCCUCUGCCUUUCUCAGGGGCAGCGACCCCGUCUUCUCUAAACGCUGCCUCCUCCUCCUCCUCCUCCUCCUCCUCCUCCACCCAGCAACCUUCCCUGUCCUCCUUGCCUCCCAAUUUAUUCCUCUCCCCUUCCUCGCCCCUCUCCUUCAACCCUCCCCCGAGUUUGGAGUUGCCAGAAAUACUCACGCCCACUCCCAAUACCUCUGAUUACUUCCCCGACACUGCCACCUUCGACAGGAGCGACGACUACUCGUGGCAGGACGUCGGGGCCGUCGGAGGAGGAGAGUCGUGGUCACAUUCGCACCCCCUCGAAGGGGACGCCUACGACACAGACGUGUCCUUGGGAUUGAACGUCAGACCCGACGCAGGGGAUGACUCUGACGAAGACUACGGUGGGACGGGCCUGGCCGCUGCCGUGUCCCGCGUCGUCAGACGCAGCAUGCGUCGCAUGCGACGGCUGCGUCUCUCCGGACGACGCUCCCCGAGCAGGACGCGGAAUCCUGUCGACGAAGGGGCGCACGUCAGCGAGGAGACCGAGGUCCGACGGGGCCUCCCGGCGGAGCCUUCCUUAGGCUUGGCCACGGUGCGCUCCCCAGCAGCCGCGUCCAUCAUCGUGACCUCGCUCGUAGCCGCCCUUGCCCCUCCGCCUCUUCACGCCCCCAGAGAACUGCUGGAUCCGCCUCCUGAGCACACGCCCAUAAGCAACAGAUCCAGUGAAACCAAUCAGCCGCCAGUCGAGACAAAUGGCGCCAGCAGACGUCAUCGGAGACGCCAGAGACAUCCCGUAGGAGGAGGAGGAGGAGGAGGCAGGAGAGCGUCAUUCGAUCCACCCUCAGACUUCCCGCCGAUGACACCGACGGACACCAUGAGCCUGGAGGUGGAGGUGGGCGGGUAUUCCCCGGAUGCGGCAGCGGCGUCGGCGCCCAGGCGUGGCUCUGAAGUUGACCUCGGGCGUGGUGGCUACGUCCGCCAACCGCCCGUGGACGCCUACUCCCCCAGCGCCCCCGCCAGCCUGGACACCAUCCUCCCUCCUAACGCCCCAGGCACCUGGGAGACCGCCGCGGUUAUCCCUAGACCGAGCCUGGCCCGUUCGUCCAGUCAUCAUCAUCACCAGAGGAGGAGGAGUCACUCGACGCCCGUCAUCGUGCCCUCGGCGCCUCCUCCGGGCGGCUCCUCCGUCGCGAAUACCCCUCCGAUGCACGCGUCGAACGUCCCUCCGUCGUCGUCCAGUUUGAGCGGCUUCCAGGAGGGCAGCAAUUCCAGGGAGGAGGAGGAGGAGGAGGCGGCCUCUCAGACCACCCCUGCGGAGGAGAGGGCGAGGUUGCCGUCACGCUCUCCACCACGAAGGACUCAAGGAGGAAGGCAGCAGGGCGCCGCUCCGAAUGGCCUCGGUUCCGGAGACACGGCCACGCCCACCCCUUCGAGGAACGUCACGGAAAGGCGUCGCCAACGGCGCCGCGGGAACAACUCGUCGAAUGACAGCAACAACAAUAGCAGCAGCAACAACAAUAACAACAACAACAACAGGAAUUACACGUCGACGGACGCGACGGCCGGUGCCACGCCCCCCAUGAAUAGCAGGAAUAGGAAUGGGAACAGAGGGACCCGCAAUAACAAUGCGAGACAGAGUCCUCGCAGGCCUGGUCAUGGAGGAUCGUCUCCCGGGUUGAGCUUCGAUUCGGAGCGGCUUCACGUCCAGGGCGGCUCCUGGACUCACGACUAUUCCAGUCUUAUGGCGUCCCUGGCAGUCACCGUGACCACCUUCAAUAUCUCCAGAUUCGCUGUCCUUGGUGCUAAGUUUGGAUGGCCCUUCGUCGUGCAGUGGGUCGUGAUCUCCUUCGUGCUGGGUCUUCCUCUGAUGACCUUCCAUGUGACCGUCGGCCAAUACCUGGGCGCAGGCGUCGUCGACAUGUGGAGAAUUUCGCCCAUAUUCCAGGGAGUUGGUUACAGCCUAGUGAUUGCUCAAGCGCUCGUUGGUGUGUACUGCACAGUACCCAUAGCCUGGCUCUUCAUCUACUUCAGAGAUUCUUUCAUCACAAACAAUAAUUUGUUUAGAUGGGUUGACUGCAGAGUGUUCAACUGCUCGAACUCCAGUUUCAGCACGAUCUUCAUAGAGGCAGUCCCGAAGUACUUUAGCUCCAUAGUAUUGCAACGCAGUGAUGCAGAAUCGUCAUGGUUACAAGAACUUGGGUCCAUUAAAUAUGACAUGGCUGUCAAUAUUGCUCUCAUCUGGAUAAUCACUUUGAUUGCACUGAGCAGAGGAAACCACUCGUACGGAAUAGUUUCCUACAUUGUAUUCUUGUUACCAUUGCUGGGUUACCUAGUGGUCUGCCUUUAUUUAGCAUCAUGGACUAAAGAUGAUAUAUAUAUUAAUCACGCAUCGAAUUUUAAUGAACUUUUUCAGACUAGCGAGUCCUGGAUGGCUGCUAGUCGAGAAGUUUUCCUAGUCUGGGGGUUUCACGGGGCUGUACUUCAACAGAUGUCAGCACAUAACAAGAAAGGUCAUCCACUGUAUCGCGACACAACUGUAUUAGCAGUAAUCACAACCCUGGCAUUGGUGCUAGCAGCUGUUACAGGCUCAUCUUGUGUGUCAGGCUUACAUCAGAAAGACUAUUACUACAAGCCAUCUUCCUUUGAAAACGCAGAGACUGCCCAGUUCUUGACAAAAUCAAAGUCUCCUCAGUUCAGUGAACCUCACCAAUUUCACAACGAAGCCAAGUCAAAUUUAAUGGAGCAGCGUUUACCAGGUUCCAUGUUUCAUUAUGAUAACUUUUAUGCUGGAAUAAGAAUUCGACCAUCGUAUUUCCACGUGAAAGCUCCAGAAUCAAGUGAACGAAGUGGCUAUCAGAGCUUGCGACUAGGAACGGAACUUUUUCCAGCCCUCCUUGCUAUCAAUGGAGCUGAAAACAUAUCUCCGUUUUGGUCAUCCUUAUUUUACUUCAGCUUACUGCUAUUUGGAAUUGCUCAGCAGCUGGCAGUAUGGCGUACUGUGGUUGAAGCUGUCAUACGGAUUAAUCGUGAAAGACUGCAGUCCUGGGAGAUAUGCAUUACUUUUCUCUGCUGUUUGUUUGGUUUCUCAGCAGCAUUGCCAAUGGCAACAGGGGCUGGCAUUCAUAUUCUUUACUUCCUAGAUUAUGUAAUGAGUUGUGGUUGGUGGCUCAUGAUUAUUCAGUUAGUUCAGAUAUUUGCUCUUCUGUUUGUUCGAGGAAAACCAUAUAGUGGACAAGAUAUAGUUGGGGAGCUCAUGGGCAAGGGCGAACAGUGUCGUUCACUGUGGCUUGGUCCACUAACAUCCUUUGCAUGGAACAUUAUUGUACCUGUGGGACUCCUGGUGCUAUCUAUAUCGUCCUUCAAAUCAGGGAAAUACAAAGAUGUUUUUGCUUGGGGUGAUAAGAGUUAUUGGCCUGUCUGGGCAAGGCAGCUGGCUUCUGGACUUCAACUUUUCCCAAUUCUUCUUGUGCCAUUAGUUGGUCUUAUCCAAACCUGCCGUUAUCUCACAGCUACAGAUGAGGACUUAUUUGAGAAAAUUCAACUGCUGUAUAGGCCAUCAUUAAGACAACGUGUAUCAGGAAGCAAUAGCCUCAAUAACAACACUGAAGACUCGGAUUUAGAAGGGGCAGGCCCACAGGAAGGUCAGGAAGAUGAAGCGCUGACUCCUAGACCAUAUAGUGAUCCUCCACCAAAAUACACGCCACCUCCGUCCUAUUCAACUGCCACAGGAGUCAGGUUUGCAAAGCUGCUAAAUCAAAGUCUUCGGCAAAGCAUGAGACGCUUGCGUAAUACUAUAAGAAGUACCACAGAAGCAACUCAAAAUGGAGAUAAUGAGAGUGCUGCACAAACCAACAGUUGUAGUAGGGUAGAGGAAUCUACAAGCAGAAAUACUCCAUAUAUUCCUCCCCCUGAUUAUGUCACUAUAGUAGGUGAAUGUGGUCCACAGAUAGUAAGUUCUCCUGCUGGUAACACUGACCCACCACCCUUAUACUCUACUCUAGACCCUUUACGACGACAACGUGCAUUAGCAGCUCUGGCUAAUGCAACAACUUCUACUUUUAAUGUGAAAUCAGAUGUGGUUGCAGAAACUGCACACCCAGUGACACCAUCCCUUCAGAGAAGCAACAGCAGAAGGGAGUCAGGUUUACGGAGAAGUAUAGCCUCUGGGGUAAGACGAAGUGCCCGCCGCUUAGCAGCAACCCUUGGUGUUGGCAAUGGGGACGACGACUCCACUCUUGUUACCAGUGAAGAACCCAUAAGUCAAGAUACACAAUCUUCAAGGGAUGGUGAAGAGUUGCAUCCACAUGCUUACACUAACUUUGAAAUGGUUUCACAGUCAGAAGCUUAAGUCAUGCGUAACUAGUGAAUUGAAAUAGGCAUUAUUAUUUAUAAAAAUGAAAAUUUAUAUGAGUAUUUUGUUUUCUACACUUUUUAUAUUGACUUUAAAAUAUUCUAUUACACCAUCUGGUAAAUGUUGUGUAUUAUAUUACAAUAUAUUUGGACUUGGAGAAAAAUUUAAUGUUCUUGAUAUCUAAUAUAAUACUUAUUACUUUGUAAUGCAGUACAGUAUAUAUUCAGACAUGAAAUAAUUCUAUGAAAGUUGUUGAAAAAUUGUUGUGCUUUUUAAUAAAACUUGUAGAUAAAAGUA